UGCGGUUGACUUAACGCUCAUCUCUCUCUAGCUCUCUGUUAGCGUUAGCAUGUAGCUGUUACGCAUAUACUUUGUAGCUUUAAGCGAUUGUAAACGACAGACAGACACAAAUGAACAUAUGUAUAUUUUUAUCGUUUGUACCCGAAACUAAAACAUUGUUUCCUUCUGCGGUUCCGUUCGUGUUUGACCGUUAAAGUGCUUGUAGCUAAGGUGGCUAAUGCUAACUGGCUAGCCUCUGUCCUGUCAGAGGGCAGAGAGUUGGUCCAUGUGGUUAAAGUUAAAAGUUAUAUUUUAAUUAACUUGCACUAGUUUUGUCAAAUAAUGCUACCAAACCAAACAUUAAGAGCUCGUCCUAGUUAUAUUUAGAUCAUCAUUAAGCAGAAUGAGGGCUUGUUUUGGCGUUAAAACACAGCUGUUGAUCAGCAGAGUCUUCAUUCAUCCACCUGCAGCAGUGCGAUGGCGGGCAGCUCAGACCAGACUCUUCUGCAGCCCUCCAGCAGGUGAGGAAAAACCUGGACCCUCCAUGCUGCGACACCUGACCUCCAAAAUAAAAGCCACAGGUCCGAUUCCGGUGGCAGAGUACAUGCGAGAGGUGCUCACCAACCCUGUGACGGGUUAUUAUGUGAGGAACAACAUGCUGGGACCUGACGGAGAUUUCAUCACAUCACCAGAAAUCAGUCAGAUCUUCGGAGAGCUGCUCGGUGUGUGGAUCAUCAGCGAGUGGAUGGGAGCAGGUGGACCCAAACAGCUACAGCUGGUCGAGCUCGGACCUGGAAAAGGAUCGUUGGCCGCAGACGUCCUCCGAGUGUUGAGUCAGUUGCGGUCCGUGCUCGGCGAGGCCUCGGUGUCGCUCCACCUGGUCGAGGUGAGUCCGGCGCUGAGUCGUCUCCAGGCCCAGAAUCUGACCGGGAACCGCAGCCAGGAGGCAGACGCCGAGGAUGAGCCGGUUUACCGCCGCGGGGAAACUGCAGCCGGGCUGCCCGUGUCCUGGUACCGACGCCUAGACGACGUCCCCACAGGAUUCAGCAUCUUUCUCGCUCACGAGUUCUUUGACGCUCUGCCGAUCCACAAAUUUCAGAGGACGCAGAAAGGAUGGAGGGAAGUGAUGGUGGAUAUCGACCCGGAGAAGGGGGACCAGCUGAGGUUUGUCGUGGCGCCGUCUCCCACUCUGGCCUCAUCCACGCUCGUACAGGCAGGUGAGAGGCGGGAUCACGUGGAGGUGUGUGCAGAGGGCGGAGUCGUCGUCCAGCAGCUGGCCCGGCGGAUCGUGGAGGACGGCGGCGCAGCACUGAUCGCAGACUACGGCCACGAUGGAACAAAGACCGACACGUUCAGAGGUUUUAAAGGUCAUGAGCUCCAUGACGUCCUGUCCUCCCCCGGCUCAGCAGACCUCACCACUGACGUGGACUUCAGCUACCUGCGGAGGAUGGCUGGAGGGGGCGUGGCUUGCCUGGGACCCGUCUCUCAGAGGACGUUCCUGAAAAACAUGGGCAUCGACUCCCGAAUGCAGGUUCUGCUGAGGAACUGCAGCGACGAGUCCACCAGGAAGCAGCUGAUCGGCAGCUACGACAUGCUGACCAACCCCGCCAAGAUGGGCGAGCGCUUCCACUUCUUCGGCCUGCUGCACCACAGUCGGCUGGCCAAACCCAAGAAACCAGAGGGGCUGAAGCUGGAGAAGAAGGACCCGGCGCCGCUGCCUGUGGCCGGAUUCACCGAGCUCCGCUUCUCCUGAGGGAUUUUUAACGGCCCGGAGGCUUUCAUCCACACGUCAGAGAAGUCUGGAAAUGAUCUGAACUUUUCUAGAGAGGUUUUUCGAGCUUGGAUGCAGGAUAUUUCAGGAGAUCGCGGUCAUGGGACGCUGCUGACAUUAAAAAAAACGCAGACCGAGUGCACGUCUCUAAUUUAGAGAAAAAGAAGAAAUCUGCUGUACUUUACCAGAAAUAAUGUCCAACAUGAAGUGAACUAACAGUUGUAAAAGGCAUUUGAUGCAAAAUCACAAGAAAAUAAAACAUUUGUGUUGGUUUAA